UCCCGUUACAAUCUCAACAAAAGAAAAAAAAUAAAAAUAAAUACCGUCACUCACUCGUUUAGAUUUUCCGAUAAAUGUCCAGUCAAAAUCCCUGGGAACGAAUCAGAUAUUCCCGAAAGUAGAUUGUCGUCGUGGUAGUUUUAUAUAUUCUUUUCUUCAAUAGUAAAACCCUAAAAAUAAUUUUCUCUUCUUCAAAUUUUCAUAUUCUUUUUCACUUCCAGUAAUGGAAUCAAGACGUGAAGCUAUUCUCAGUGCGGAUACUAACGAAGAACUUAACCAACUCAAGGAAUUACUUGCAAAACGUGAUGAUGGAAGAGGACUAGCAAACGCAGCGAGGAAUAUUAAAGAUGAUGAUGGAGUAGGAAUUGUUCACUUUGCUGCUAGGGAAGGAAAGUUAGAUAUUCUCAGAUACUUGAUUGAGGAAUUAGGACUUGAUGUCAAUACCAAAGAUAAAAAUGGUGAAUCCCCAUUGUUAAAUGCAACAAUGUGUGGAGAUAUGAACACUGUUGAAUAUCUACUUGGAAAGGGUGCUGAUCCUGAGACAUCGAACUUCAAAGGUUAUACUCCUUUGCAUGGCGCUGCUUUGAAAGGAUACACGGAUAUAGUUACCAAAUUACUCUCAAGAGGUGUUAAUGUAAAUGCUUUAUGUGAAAAUGGCACACCCCUAGAUAUGGCUGUUAAUUUCGACCAAUUUGAGGCGGCGCAGGUUUUGUUGGAUCACAAUGCAAACCCUAAUUUAACUUGUGGCCAUUCGUUUACACCACUGACAGGAUCUAUUAUAUCUGGAUUUUUACGUUUCGUUGAGCCUUUACUUGAGGCUGGUGCUGACCCAGAUGGUGGAUCACAUGGAGAAACGCCUUUGACAGCUGCGGCAACAGAUGGGCUAACAGAAAUUAUCAAGCGUUUAAUUCAAGCUGGUGCUAAUCCAGAUAUCACAAAUAGAUUUGGACUCACACCAUUAGAAAUUGCGGCGCUCUAUGGUUAUUAUGAUGUUGUUGAGAUUCUUUUCCCUGUUACUUCUCGUAUUCCGGAAUAUAUUGACUGGAGCAUUGGUGGAGUAAUUGCACAUGUACAGUCUGAUCAAUUUAAGGAACAGAGGGAGCUGAAAGUCAAGGAGAAGUUUCAAGAGGCGAAGUUAAGUGGCGCAGAUGCAUUCAAGAAACAGGACUACUGUAAGGCAGUGGUUUGCUACUCACUGAGGUACAGUGAUGCAGAAAAAGCCUUCCUCGCCGGUUUAGAGUUGAGUCCUAAUAGUCAAGAGCUCAAAGAUGCAUACAGGAAAGCUGUUGAAGCUCAGACCAUGGCGGUUUUCGACUCCUUGAACUUAUCUGAGCGUUGAGCCUUUUUCUAGCCAGCCAAGCUUCUAGAUCCAAACUGACUUCGACCAGAUUAACUAUAGCUUAGUCCUGUGUCACCAUCCCUUUCAAGGGAACCCACUUCAGUUGAGGAGCCUGCUAAUCCAGACCAAAGCCUAGGAACUGAUCACUCAAAAUUUAACUCUAAGAUGUAAGACCUACUAUCUUUUUUUUUAGAUGAAGCAACAAGCCAACGAUUACUAAAAAGAACUUCUACAUCUCUGUCACUCUGAUGAUAUCUUCUUACUAAUUACUACAGUUAUUAUCUAUUUCCUCUACAAAAC